GUAACUGUUGUGCACUCGGUUCAUCUCCUCCUCCUCGGAGCCGCAGUCAGUGAGGGGUUGGCCGGGUUUCACGUUAAUAACGCCCGUACCUACCUCUGUGUAUGUGUGUGUGUGUGUGGACGAACAACACACCGCAGACGAAAAAAGACAGACCGAGCACCGAGCCGCAGCAGCAGCCAUGGCCGCCGCCGACGCCGCCGAUAAAGUGGAGCCCGCGGACAGCGAGCAGGACGAGGAGGAGGACGUGUACGAAGUGGAGCGGAUCAUCGACAUGCGCGAGGAGCAGGGUGAAGUUCUCUACAGGGUUCGCUGGAAGAACUACUGCUCUGACGACGACACGUGGGAGCCAGAGGCUCAUCUGGAGGACUGUCACGAAGUCCUUUUAGCCUUUAAGAAAAACAUCGUCGAAGCAAAGGCCAAGAAGGAAGCGGAGGCCAAGAAGAUCGUGAAACCGCUGCCCGUAAAAACCGAGGUGUUUGACGCCGACUCGGAGAGCGACAGUGACAAAGAACGCCCGGCUCCGUUGCCCGUCAAGAAGAAGAAGAAGAAAAAGAUCCGGGAAGAGGAUGAAUCUCCUCCAAAGGAGAAGGAGAAGGAGAAGGAGAAGGAGAAGAAGAAGAAGAAGAAAGAGAAACGGAAGGAGGAGGUCAGGCCUCAGCCUGCUCCGGAGAGCGAUGAAGAAGAGGAGGAGAAGGUCCCCACUCCACCCUCGCCCACCAAGGAGAAAAAGGCCGAUCUGAAAAAACGGCUGAUGGACUCCGAAGAGGAGGACGACGAGCCGGUGCCCUCCAAGAAGCAGAGGAAGGAAAAGGGGAAAGAGGUAAAGAAGGAUAAGAAAGAGAAGGCAGAGGAGGGGAAGAAGAAGAAAGGGAAGAAGGACAAGAAGAUUGAAACCUCUGAAGACGAGGCCGCCGCUCCUCUGGAGGACGACCUGAGUGAGGGUCCGUCAGAGCCCCAGGUGGACGACUCUGCGUCAAGAGACGCCGUGAAGUCAUUUGACAAGGUCCGCUUGGACGAUAAGUCCAAAGAGAAGAGGGGGAAGUGGGAAGUAAAGCUGCAGGGCAUCAAGGACAUCUUUUUUGACAAAAAGGUCAAGAAAACAGACGUCGGGCUGAAGGAAAGCAGCCUCCAGAAACUGAAGAGCCUCACGUCAAAGGGCAAAGAGGAGAGCGCCCCACACUCGGACUCCAGCGACAGCUCCGCCUUGCACAAGAAGGUGAAAAGCAAAGGGCAGGAGAGCACGUCGGCGCCCGCCAAAGUGGCGGCGUCCUCCUCGUCCACGUCGUCCUCCGCGUCUUCUGUCCCCGCAGUCAGCAGCAGCAGCAGCACAAAGGUGAAGGAGGACGAGGUGGCCAAAGAGGAAGUGGCGAGCUCCAAGGACAGCCCGGGCUCCGCUAACCUGUUUGAGAAGUUCCUGCUCAACUGUGAGGCCAAGGAUCGAGCUCCUCGACGGCAGCCCGUGCCGGAGAAGAGCGUCACUAAACCAACUAAGGUCAUUGGGAAAAUCGAGAAGAUUCCAAAGGUGUCCAAAGAGUCUCCAGCUCAGAAGGCAGAGUCUGAGAAGACGGAGAGGACCAAGCAGUCUGACGCCUCCAGGCCCAGCCAGAGCUAUGGCUUCAGCCUGGACAGCGACGAGAGGGAGGCAGAAGAAACUGCGGUAAAACCAAGAGCCGGAGAGGAUUCACGGGAGCGACGGGAGAGGCAGGAGGAGCCGCAGAGACCCAGCUGGGAGAAGAGGACGCCGACGGACGACAAGAAGAAGAGGAGAGAGGACAGCGAGCCCAGGCUCUUCAUGGCGUGUGAGGAAAAUCAGGAGACGCAGGAGACACUGGAGGGCACUGACAAAUCUGAAAAGGGUCAGGCCACACUGAGUCUCGGGAUGGACCUCAACCUGGACUGGAUGACUCUGGACGACUUCCAGAAACAUCUGAACGGGGAGGAUGAGAUCCUGUCGGGUCCACCACUGUCACCAAGUGAGUUGCGGGACGCUGUGAAGUGCGGAGAUUACAUGGCAGUAAAACUAGCACUCAACUCCAAAGAGGACUACAAUCUGGACCAGGAGGCAUGUACUAUUGGUGGCAAGGGGUCAUUUGAAGGAGAGAGGAGCUUGAUUGAAGAGACGAGUUUGAGUGAUGCUCUUAGGUUGACUUCUAACUUUGACAAUGCAAGGAAUCAAGAGGGAACGACAAGAAUAGAAGAUAAUAUACUCCAGCAUUUGGAUUGUCUUAAGGAUAAGGUUGAAGGGAUGGCAUGCUACCCCGACGAUGUCAACUCAAAGCAGAUGAUACUGAGUGACUAUAAAAACUUCCGAAAUGAUGGAAGCACUGCUUGUAAUACAGCCGUCAAGCAGAAUAGUGAAGCAUAUAAGGACCCGAGGCAGUCGGAGGAAGAUGAGAUGUUGGCCGACACAAAGGGCGGUUUAUCAGGUGAAAUGAGUUUGGACGCAGAAUGGAUUUUGACAAUGGAGCACGAUAAAACGGAGCUAACUGACGAACUGUGUUCCCCCGAUGAGUCAAACGAUGAAAUGGACGAUGUGGUUGCUGGUCAUUUAGAUAGUAAAGACCUAGAUAGUUCUGAGCUGGGCACAAAGGAGACCUCUAAAAGGCAACUUCGCCGCUGUAGGAAAACCUUCGAGAAGAAAGAACCGACACGAUCUAGUCAAAGGACUUGUAAAAAGGUUCUCAACAUAACGCCUUGCCCAGAAGAUGAAGAGAAAAAAGAGCCGCCCAAAAAGCACUUCUGUUUAUAUUGCCAAAUGGCUUUCACCCAACUUACAAAGCACUUGGAAAAGAAACACGCUUUGGAAACGGACGUCGCCCAUGCAAUACACUUCCCCAAAGGUUCCAAACUCAGGCAGACUUUGCUUGACCAAAUUCGCAAUAAAGGAGAUUAUGAGCACAAUUGCCAGGUUCUUAAAAGUGGCGAAGGGGAAAUUGUGACCAAGAAACAGGUGAAAAAUCCUGCCAUAUCUGUCCGUGACUUCCUGCCCUGCCAGCACUGCUUUGCUUUUUAUCGUAAAACUGACUUAUGGAGACAUGAGCGAGCAUGUAAGGCCAGAAAGGGUGACCACAAACCUUCUGAAGGGACAAGUAGAGUCCACUCUGCUGCCUCCCGGUUGCUUCCAAUGUCGGAAUUCUUAACUGGAGGCUGCGAGGAAAUCGUCCAUAUCAUGCAUCAGGAUGACAUCUCGAGGCAUAUCAGAAACGACCCACUUAUUUGCAAAUAUGGCAACGCCUUGGCUGUAAAGUACGACCAUGACAAGUCUCAGUUUGCUUACAUUGCACAAAAGAUGAGGGAACUGGGUAGAUUUAUUGUUGCUGUUAACGAGCUUGACAAUAGUGUUAAGUAUCUGCAUGAAAUAUGCCAACCAUCCAAAUUUGAAUUGGCUGUUGAGGGGGCCAAAAAGGCGAGCGGAUUUGAUCCUGGCUCCAACAAGUUUAAAACGGUCUCUCUCGUCUCAAAGAUUGGCUACUCGUUGAAACGAGCUGCAGAAAUUGCAUUUGGGGAAAGUCGCAUGACCGAGGACAGUGAGAGUGAAAGUGAAGUUAAAAAGUUCAUUCACCUUCUCGAUACAAAAUGGAGUGAGUGUUUUUCUCGCAAAGCUCUUGCUUCAUCUGUAAAGCCAGAAAUAAAAAAGGUUGACGUAUCAACUUUGACAGAAGAUUUAAUGAAACUACACCGUUUUAUCGCAAAAGAGGAAGACGAAGCCAGGAAGGACCUGAAAGAAAGUCCUUCUUUGUCAACAUGGAAAAAGCUCAGCGAAGCCACACUAGCAGAUGUUUGUCUUUUCAACAGAGGACGGGUAGGAAACAUAGGGCGAUUGCUUUUGCAAACUUACAACUGCAGGAAGAGUAACGCAACAUCUGUGCUAUCUGCAGAGCAUAUCAGGAAAAGCACAAAAUUAGAGCUGGAACUGCGUGCCUUUUUCACAAGGUUGGAACUUGAAGGUCAGUUUGGCAGGAACAUGCUGGUUCUGCUCACAGAAAAGAUGGUGCUGUCGAUUGACUUACUAAUUGAAAAGCGACACCAGGUGGGCGUGUCGACAACAAAUCCAUACCUGUUUGCCCGCAACGAAGGUCCGUCCUUCAUCAGAGGAUUGGAUUGUUUCCGCCGAGCUGCUGUGGAAUGCGGAGUUAAAAACCCGGACACACUUCUGUCCUCAUCAAUAAGAGAGCAAGUUGCCACCUGUUGGCAGCUACUGAGCCUAAAUGAAUGUGAACUGGACCAAGUAGCCCAGCUAGUCGGAUUGAACAGUCAGGAGUGUUACAGGCUGUCUGAAAACGCUUCACAGCUUGAAGAAGUGAGCAAAGAACUGAUCAAGAUGGAACCCACACUGCCAUCAAGUUCACCUACCACCUCAAAUGAUGGAACCACACAGAAGACCCCUUUAAAGAGAAAACCCUGGAGUGAGGAGGAGCAAGCUGCAGUCAAGCGUUACUUGAAUGACUACAUCACAAACAUGAAGGUUCCAGGCAAAAAGCAGUGCAACGCUUGCAUAGCUGCUGAGCCAAAUCUUAGUGAAAGAUCGUGGACAGACGUCAAAAACUAUGUACACAACACACUACAGACAUUACGGAGGAGAAUAAACCAAGGGAAGUCUGAAGGGAAUCCAAAGAGUCCUACAAGUCCUGAAGUCCAAACCAUCAAGCAAGAUUUGGAGGACACCAAUGUCGUCUGUUCUUUGACGACAGUAAAUCCAGAUGACUUUAAUUCAAACUGCCUUGUGACAAUGGCACCUCCAACAAACAUGAGAGACUCGUCACCGCCGUUCCCCCAUGAAAUGACCACAAGCUAUGCAUCCUUGUGUUCCACUAGUUCAAAUAUCCUCCAUUCGAGUCAGUCAUUAAUUUCCUCUUUCACGCCACUGAACGCUACCGAUACACAAGUAGUUCCUACGUUUACCCCACACAACACUACAAAUGCACUUAUGCCUCCUCCGUACACUUCCGAGAACAACCACCUGCUGCCAAUGUCUUCUUCAUUUACUCAGAAUAUGGCGGUUAUGUCUUCUGUGUACACGCCACACGAUACUGCAGGUCUACCGAUGAUUCCUGCUUUCAGCUCACUGAAUGCUCCAGUUACCUCAAUGAUUCCUACAUACACAACACUAAAUACCCCAAGUGCAUCAAUGAUGCCGGCAUUCUCCUCACUAAAUGACCGAAGUAGGCCAGUCGUUUCUUCCUUCACAGCACUGAACCACACAGGCUCACCAGCUUAUCCCACAAGCCCACCUAGUAUUCCUACAACUGCCCAGGUUGUCCCAACAAUCCUUGGACCCAGUGUCCCUGAUAGGGCACCCGUGGCACAGGAAAGUUCGCCCAUAUCCACCGCAGAGAGUGCCAAGCGUCCGAAGCGAAAUAAGAGAUUAUGGAGCGAGGAGGAGCAGGCGGCAGUGAGGCGCCAGUUCGGAGACUUCAGUAAACUGUCCAAGGUGCCUGGCAAAAAGGAUUGUGAUGCAUGUUUAGCUGCUGAGCCUGCCUUGAGCAGCAGGACAUGGAGGGAAGUCAAGUAUUUUGUGCAUAACUCAAUCCAGUCAUUGAAAAGAAAAGGGCAUGUGGUUGCCGCCAAAGAAACUGGAGAACGAGAACCCGAGACUCUUACUUCAAACACAGAUUGGGAUGGUCCUGUUUAUCUGUCGCUGUAAAUGUCCCUUUUCAAUGGACACACUGGAAAGCACUUGGUGAUCGUGACACUUUGGAAGUGUUUGAGCACUGUGGCCGUGACCUCAAAUCACAUGGGGUUUAAAAAAUUCAGUUGAUGUGAACUGUAGUGGAAUACAAACGCUAAUCCUGGCAGGCGUAUGGAUCUUUUCCGACUCGGCCUGCCAUCCUGAAGUACUUAGAAACUAGUCUACCAGACUAAGCUGUUGGUGUACUGUUGCAUGAAUAUAUGCUAAUUGAGUGGAGUUAAGGAUGUUUGUACUGUAGCUCGGACUCCUAAAAAGCAGUUAUUAAUGUUUAUUAAUAUGUUUAGAUUGUGUAUACCUAAUGUAACAGUCCAUGAUACAGGGGUGUCAGUUUGUCACAUCAUCAAAGCUUAUCAAUGGGAAUUGUUGUAAUUUUGAUAUGUGACCAUGUAGUUCAACGUAAACCUAACUUUUUUUGCCAAACCUAAUUUGCAACAAAUCAUUGGCACACAGUAGCCACGGUGGCACUUAAUCUCAAGGUUCAAACUAGGGCUGAAAGGCU